CAAAAUUGCAUGGUAUAAAAAUGAUAGCAUUCUUGCGACUCACGGUGGAUUAUUUUCUGACUUCAUGACACGAGGUAGUUUUCCUAAACAAUUUAAUUAUAGUCUUGUAGUAAAAAAAGAACUCAACGUUUUUGUUGUUGAAACUAAGUGGCGUCAUCCUAAGUGGAGGUUAUAAUGGAAAACAUUAAAGACUUUCAAUACCCACAUACUUUUGUGUUGUUAGGUGCGUCUGGUGAUCUCGCAAAGAAAAAGAUUUACCCAACUAUUUGGUUCUUAUAUCGUGAUAACCUUUUGCCGAAGAACACGAAAUUUUUUGGUUACGCUCGGACAAAGCAAACCAUCACUGAAGUGAGAGAAAAAUGUAAAAAGUACAUGAAAGUUCGAGCCGGCGAGGAAGAACUCUACGAACAAUUUUGGGCCGCUAAUGAUUAUGUAGCUGGAUCGUACGAUAAAAGGAUCGACUAUGAGUUGUUGGAUCAAGCAAUCACAAAACACGAGAGAGGCCCAGUUGCUAAUAGAAUAUUUUAUUUAGCAGUACCUCCAACAGUUUUUGGGGAUGUUACAGUAAAUAUAAGAAAUGCAUGUGUGGCCCUCAAAGGAUAUACAAGAGUGAUAAUAGAAAAACCGUUUGGCCGUGAUGAUGAAUCUUCUGAUAAGUUAAGCUCACAUCUUGCUAGACUCUUUAAAGAGGAACAAAUAUAUCGUAUUGAUCAUUAUCUCGGUAAAGAAAUGGUUCAAAAUCUGAUGACAAUUCGAUUUGCCAAUCAAAUCUUCAGUCCCUCCUGGAAUCGGGAAAAUAUUGCUUCUGUACUAAUAUCCUUCAAAGAACCUUUUGGUACAGAAGGUAGGGGUGGAUAUUUUGAUGACUUUGGAAUCAUCAGAGAUGUGAUGCAAAACCAUCUGUUGCAAAUCCUGUCCCUCGUUGCUAUGGAAAAACCGGUCACGCUUAACCCAAAUGACAUAAGAGAUGAAAAGGUGAAAGUACUGAGGCAUAUUAAGCCAAUCGAUAUUAACAACAUUUUAGUUGGUCAGUAUAUUGGAAAUCCGAAUGGCCAAGGUGAGGAAAAGUUGGGUUACCUGGAUGAUCAAACAGUACCUAAAAAUUCUAUAACACCGACAUAUGCACUAGCGGCUAUGUAUAUUAAUAAUUCAAGAUGGGAGGGUGUACCUUUUAUUCUUAGAUGUGGAAAAGCUCUCAACGAAAGGAAGGCAGAAGUGAGGAUACAAUAUAAAGAUGUGCCAGGAGAUAUUUUCGAAGGACAUACAAAAAGAAAUGAGCUGGUGAUAAGAGUGCAGCCAGGAGAAGCUUUAUAUUUAAAAAUGAUGAGUAAGUCCCCAGGAAUGAAAUUUGAUCUGAUGGAAACAGAGUUGGACUUGACAUACAGCAUGAGAUACAGAGAGAGUAAUGUCCCAGAUGCAUAUGAGAGGUUAAUUUUGGAUGUGUUUACCGGUACGCAGAUGCACUUUGUGAGAAAUGAUGAGUUGAAAGAGGCUUGGAGAAUAUUUACUCCGGUAUUAAAGCAGUUGGAGGAAGAAAAGGUCAAACCUGUGCCAUACAUAUAUGGAUCUCGAGGGCCACCAGAAGCUGAUCAUAAAUUAGCUAAAUAUAAUUUCAAAUAUUCCGGUUCCUACAAGUGGCAAAAACCCACUAUGGAUUAAUAUUUUUAAGAGCACUCUGGUGGUGGUAAUAUUAAUGGCUCAUUUAUAUUUUUCUGCAUAAUAUUAAUUGUAAGGCUUUGUUGUAAUAAUCAGAAUGGGAACAUUCCAUUGUAAAGUAACAAAAACGCUGCUUUAUAUGUAAGGUCAUUUUAAGGACAAAUUAUUACUUGACACAUUUUAUAAAGGCAUUCCAAUGCAUUUGAGUUCGUGCUGAGGAAUUUUUUAUUCUCAAUUAUGGUUAAGUUACUAGUUUUUAUGUUAUUUAUUUUAAUAUUUUUCAUUUUUUACAAUUUGGAAGUUAUUUGUUAGAAACUCUGUAAUUAUACAAAUGUCAUACAUAUGACCUUGUAGUGCAGAUUGAUAGACUAAGCACGACCAAUGGCCACAAUAUAUUAUAUAAUUUUGUACUUUCAAAACAUCUAUCACUAAUUUAUACUUAAUGUUAUAAGGAGCAAUGAUUAACUGCCAAGAGCAUUUUAUGAGUUAUAUGUAUGUAACACUUCUCUUCACAAGAACCACUUGUUAAAAGUAUGAGACAGCAAGUAUUAUUUUGCUGGAUCAUUAUAUAUAAGCUGUUUGGUUCUAGCUGUGUUAUCACAAUAAAUUAUCAUGUUGAUACCUAUUUUUAUAAUAAGAAUGUUCUGUCUGUUUGA